GAAGUAGAUGCAGCGUCUCUCUACUGAAGCACUACUUUAUAAACUCACACAGUUAUGAGCAUGAGAACAAAAGAUAGAAGAAGGAGAGAGAGAGACAGAGAAUCACGAUGGUUGAGUUCAAAUGGAUUCAAAUGUCUUUAUUUCUGAUAGCGCUGCUUCACUUUACAGCAGCAGCUGAAAAACUCCUCUCUGUCAGAGUUGGAGAUGGCGUCACUUUGUCUUGUGAUAAUGUGAUUGAUGGUCAGCAAAGAUGUGAAUAUACUACAUGGCUGUUCAGUGCUUCAGGAAACACAGCAGCAGUAUCGCUGUUUGAACUUGGACGGAUCAAAAACACCGACUCUAAAUCAGACAGACUGAAUGUUACAGAGAACUGUUCUCUGGUUAUAAAGAAGGUCACAGUCGAGGAUGCUGGUCGUUACACCUGCAGACAGUUUAUAUCAGGACAACAACAGGGUCCAGACUCUCAGGUUGAUCUAUCUGUUAUUACCAUGACUGAACAUAAGGACUCUGAUAAGGUGACAUUAAGCUGCUCUGUGUCGACAUAUGGACGAUGUACACACACAGUGAAGUGGCUGAAUGAGGGUCAAGAUCUGGAUAAAGAUAACCAAGAAGUGAAGACAUCACAGUCUCCCUGCAAUGUCUCUGUGACCUUUAAGACUUCUCAUUACAUUUACACAUCAAACUAUAAUUCAUUGAAGUGUGCAGUGACUGAUGGUAACAAAGAGCAGUUUCCCUUCAGACUUCAGCCCUCAGCUGAGAAACCAGGUGAGGACACAAUAACAACAACAACUACUACAUCUCCUACAAAACGAACAACAACAAUUCCAAGUACGACAAAAACAACAACAACUGAAAACAGCAUAAAACCAGGAACCAACACGACACCGUCUCCAAUCAAUGAUACUUCAACAGUACUAAAAGUCUCUCCAGGUUGGUGGAGGUUCAUCAUUGUGUCUGUGGGUUUAACAGCACUCAUAAUAAUUGUUGUGGCAGUCAACAUUUGGACAAGAACUAAACGGAAAAAAACACAGAUGCACGAAUACAUGGUGGGAGAUAAUGAAGAUGAUGGUACAGUGAACUAUGAAAACAUCACAUCAUCUGAUGUCUGACCAACACUUCUGCCUCCAUCAGACUUCUACAUCAACAUCAACUCAUCACCUUUUACAUGAGUAGACUUUAAAUAAAAGGACACAAGACCAUUUUGAGAAACAUAAUAUUUCAUUUUUGUCUUUUCUUGCGUCUGCAACUGGAUUUUAAAUUAAUUGAACUGGGAAGAGCAUUUAAAUUUUGUUUAACUUCCUUAAAUCUGCUUCCAAACAAAUCAUUUAGUCCUGACUGUAACUGAUCCAUUUUAAAUCUGCAGCUUUAGCUCAGUUUAGUGUCUGUUUAAGAAGAACUCAUUUAAAUUAACGUACAUUGAGCAUCUUUGUUAAUAUGUUUGUUAGAGUCCAAUAUGUUUUCGGUUUGUUUUUUGGAUUUGAGUCUUA